CACGUGCUCUUGCGACUAAGUCCGUUCCUGAGGAUUGCGCGAGAGGCGACGAGGAGGCGACACACGCAUCAACGAGCGAUGGGGUUCGACGUGAACCGCUUCCAGGGCGACGUGGACGAAGAACUCGUGUGCCCAAUAUGCUCCGGCGUCCUCGAGGACCCCGUCCAGGCACCAGUGUGCGAGCAUGCCUUCUGUCGUUCCUGCAUCAACGAGUGGAUAAACCGUCAGCCCACUUGCCCCCUAGACCGUACACCCAUCACGUCCGCUCAGCUGAGAGCGGUUCCUAGAAUCCUGAGAAAUCUGCUGGCUCGUUUGUGCAUCAAUUGCGACAAUAUUGUGUACGGUUGUAACGCCAUCGUUAAACUGGACAGUCUGACGUCGCAUCUCGAACAGUGCGAGUACAAUCCCAAGAGACCGAUGCUGUGCGAGCAGGGCUGCAGCCUGAUCAUCCCCAAGAACGAGCUCAAGGAUCAUAACUGCGUGCGCGAACUGCGUAACCUGAUUCAGUCGCAGCAACAGAAGCUGGCAGAUAUGAAACGCGAACUCGGCGAGCAACAGUUGCAAAUCAACGAGCACAAGCGCGAGAUUCACUUGCUCAAGGACUUUAUGCGCGCCCUCAGGGUGUCGAAUCCGGCGAUGCGCGCGAUCGCUGAUCAGAUGGAGCGGGACGAGGUCGUGAGAUGGUCGGCGACCCUUCCACGCGCCAGGGUAACUAGAUGGGGCGGCAUGAUCUCUACGCCUGACGAGUUGCUGCAGACGAUGAUAAAGAGAACUCUGUCGGAGUACAAUUGUCCACCUCAUGUGAUUGACGAGCUGAUGGAGAACUGUCACGAGCGGAAAUGGCCACCCGGCCUGAAUUCCCUCGAGACCAGGCAGAACUCUCGACGACAAUACGACAAUUAUGUAUGCAAGAGAGUGCCCGGUAAGCAAGCGGUGCUGGUCCUCCAUUGUGAUAACACACAUAUGCCGGAGGAUAUGAUGGUCGAGCCAGGACUAGUGAUGAUCUUUGCGCAUGGCAUCGAAUAGAGUCAUUGGAUAUCGUAGAUGAAUACGACUAUUGAUUCAACAUUGCUUAAAGCCAAGAUCAUCGAUAUCGUCCCGCAAAUGGAGGGAUAGCAUUUGGAAUUUGCUCUUUCAGCAUUUGCAAAUUGAAACCGAUUGUUCUGGAGGUUGAUUCGAGAAACAUCUGAUCGUCAUCAAGGUCGUUUACUCGGACAAUUUCUUUAACGGAAUACUCGCGGUUGGAAACGUAAGAUUACAUGUUAUCCUUGCGAGUUCAUUCCGAAUUGAAGCCGCCGAACAUACACGAAUGAUGAUGCGCACACUGUCGUCCCAUGUGAUAUGCAACUCUAGAGGCGCGAUUGCCAUGUACAUCGAGUAGAUCGGGACUGUAACCGUAAUCGAUGUGGUAAACCAAAUAACGUAUACAUGCAAUACGUUCGAUUUGCCUUGCCAAUCGGUUUAUCGAUUACCUCGAUCGCACUCCCACAGGAAAACUCAAUCGAAUGUCUGGAUCGUUGCACUGUGAUAUAUCACUUCGGUGAAAAACCUCUUAAAAUUACGUGAUAAAUGAUCGACCACUCUCUCUUCUUUUGGCCGGUCAAUCGAUCGAAUUGUACAUUUUUUUUCGUCGGCGGUCCGUUUUUCGUUCAUUUCAGGAUCGUAUACGAAUACUUAGAAGUCUGAAUGUUUAUUGAUAAUACUUUAGAAGGAAUAAGCUAUGAUUGGAGGGGAAAUUCCCAAGUGAUCUAAUAAUGCAAGCAUCUCGAAAUGGGGUACGAAUUUGUUACGAUACGAUUCGUUUUUAAACAUUUUUCAUACAUGUCAAAAGCGAUGUUUUUCUCGAUCUUUUUCUUAUUUUUACUUUUUUCGAAAUUACCCAAAUUGUACGUUAUAGAUAAACCAAUCUCAUUAUCAUUCUCUUUUCAUACCGCACGAAGCCAAACAUUUUUUUAAAAAUUGUCUAUGAUCUUUUGUUGAAGUACACGAAAUAUAUACCUUGAUUAUUUCGAGUCGAUGGCACAUUUCACUUGUCGUAUCAUCGUACUAAGGUGCCGUACUAUUUUGCUACAUUAAAUCUAAAUUUUUCAAAUAGUGUAUCAUUGAAUUAUCAUUCGAUAGUGAUAAGAUCAUCUUGCAUAAAUUAGCCAUUAUAUCAGUUAAUUAGCUUUUAUAUUUCACAGCACCCUAAUUUAUAUGUUUUGCAAGUCGCGUAACGUCAAAUGCUUCCUCGUUAUCUCUUUUACCUUGUCAUAAUUGUGCUAGUACAUACAGCAGGAUGGGCCAAUAGAUCUUUAGAAAAUCUCCUUUUCGAUGAGAGAAUUUUGUAAUUUAUUUUCACAAUACAUAACUAAAAGAAAUAGAUUAAAGAAACAAUAAAUAUAUAGUUUGAAUGAAAGAAAUAGGAUAGACAUAUUUAAAUACGUUAAAAGGAAAAACAUCCUGACACCUGAUCAAUACAUCUUGUUAAUUACUUCCAAUAAGUCUUCAAAGAGAAUCAUGACGUCAAGUAUGGCGAAUAUAUUUAAAAAGCGAGAAAGAGAGAGAGUUGUAUAUUGUCUUUUGUACCUUUUUGUCCGAUAAAUUAUAUUGCUUGAUAAAUGCCAUUAAUCAUGAACUUGGACAUAAAUUAGAAUUUUAAGCGUAACAUUUAGAGAUUGUGUAGUAAGACAAUUCGAUCAACAGACUCUGAUUAUAUACAUACAGUAUAUAUAAUAAUUAUAAUAAAUCAG